AUGGCUACCCUUCGCCCUUUCGUCCGCUACACUCGCACAUUCGCCAUUCCUCGUCAGCAGCUAGCGCUGGCUGCACGCAAGAACCGGAUUAGCAAAUUGAAUGAGAAAAUGGCAAAAUCUAAUGAAGACCGCCAAGAUCUUGAAGCCAAGCUUCAACGGUCUAGAGAAAUUCUCCGCGAGAUUUAUAUUUGGUCCCAGAUGGAUCUUCCGGACUUGCAUAUUCAAACCACCGCCAAGAAGCAGGAGCGGCUGGCACUCUAUGAGAAGGAAGGGCAAAAGCUAGAGAAAAAGCUUGACGAACUCAGCAAUCUCCUUGUAAGAUAUCCCCUCUUAGUCUUAAUACAAUUUCUAACCCCUCUAUAGGGCGGGGCUUUUCCAGUGAAAACUAAAACCAUGCUGGUGGAUGAUUAUUUUAACCUCCGUGGUGCGCUAGGUAUACUAUCACAACUCGCACCCAUUGAGCCGUGACUGACACCCAGGUCCAGAAAGUAUCGUCUACCAGGGUAUAAUCUUAGGGAAAAUCAUAAGUCGUGUGGCGGUACAAGAUGCACUUGACCAGCUGAGCACCACGGAUGAAUUCAUUACAGUUCUUGACGAAGAAGUACGAGCCCGCGGACUUUUGUUCAAGGAAGUUGCCGACUCCGUCGGACAUCUCUAUAGCAAACUGUGCAAAGAGGCAGAAGGCAACGAUAGAACACUUACAGUCAGAGCUAACGAACAUUCACCGAACGAAUGUGCUGCACUAGUCACAAUCUUGAAGGUGCAGAGUAAGUGGCCGGAUCCAUUUGACUGGAGAGAGGACAAAACUUGUGAUGGAGAUAAUGGGAAGAUGUAA